AGGAGAGGUAUUAUUAUAGCGGAGGUCUGGAAAAAGCAGUAUGAAGAAGAUAUUUUAUUGUUUUUUGGUGAUCGCGCUGCUGUCUCGACAGGCUCUUUGUGGAAUUCUAAGAAAUCCACCGGCCUUCUCGAAGCCAGUUUACUCGGACUCCUAUCUUCCAGCAGCUAUGCAAGUGAUAUUCCACGCUGUCGAGCAAUUGAAACUCCUCCAAUCGGAAGAGGCUACGCACACUUCGACCAACUCGGGGAACCCCUCCACCUCACCGAUCACCCUCACGGAUCUGGAUCAACAAACAACCUCUCAAGAUUCCUCCACCUCGCUCGUGUUAACCUCUCAAGAGGACUCGAACGCGGAGGAGGAAGAAUCCAACUCGGAAGACACGUCGAGAAACGAGGAGGAGCAAGCAGCUCAACAAUCGCAAGAAAGCAAACCGGAGGAAGACACGUCCAAGAUCCAAGAGGAGGAGGCAUCGACAGACAGAAUGGAGGAGGCGUCUAAAAUCGAAGACGGUUCGGAGGAUUCGAAAGAGGCAUUGAGCGAUGAAAGGAAACCGGUGGAGGAGAAAAUGGAAGACAACGCGAAACCUAUUGGAUCUUACGAGGAUCACACGAGGGUACAAGGGUCGCCAGAGUUGAACGAGGAAACGCCAGAGACGAGCUACGCGACGCCGGAAACGAAUUACGAGGAACCGGAACAGGUGCACGCCGCGCAAGAAACGAAUGAAGAGGUUGCCGAGGAAAAUCACGAAUGGAUUUCCUCGAUUGACACGGAAACGAGGGUGGAAGUGACGACAGCCGAUUCGGUAACCGUGAUCGAUGAGAAGAAGAAAGAGCCGACGAUCGACAGCGUGGUCCAAGGCGUCUACGAGAUCUUGAAACCUACCACGUCGAAAUUCGUGGAUGAAGAAUUAUUGGAGGAGUCGAAAAGCGUCGGGGGAGUUGGAAUUGAGAAGAUGGAGAAAAUGGAGAGGGCCGAGGAGGAGAGCGAUGAGAACAGGUUCACACGUCUGGGCGAGAAGGUGACCCAAGUUCCAAGGCCAAGUUUGACCAGCUAUCUAAGACGUUCGAAAGUACCACCGAGUGCCACUCUUCAACAACUUGCAAAUCUUUACGACUCGUUGAGCAAGGAUGCUAGAAAGCAGGGAUUUGGCAAAUAUACCGGAUAUUCCGACGAAGUUCUCAAUACUUUGGAAACUUCUGCCGAGGGGGGUAUAGGGCCACAGAUGAAGAAGAUUCUUUCCAAGGUGUUGGAACGAAACGAGUUGACGAGGGAAGACGCGAGAAUGAGGGCGUCGCAGGCUGUACGAGAUCUCGACAACCCUUCGAGCAUGCUCAACAAGGAUCUAAGAGCUGUGUUGCCUUUGCGUUACUCCCCGUAAUCCUAGAUAUUAGAUAUAAUCGAUUCACACACGUCCACGUCGAUUAAUUCAAUACGUUGAUUUGUUAGUUAAGACUUGUUAUUUUGAAGGGAAAAUUGAUAAUCUGUAGUGUAGAGAUUGAUUGGAUAAGCAAGUGGGACGUCUGUGGACUCGUUUUGAUUUGAAAAAUUGAUUAUGAAUUAUUUGGAAAUUGGUGAAAAUUUUAAGUAGAAUUAAGUAAUUAUUUGAAUUACUUGUUGAAAUUUAGAUUAC